GCUGCACAAGCAGGACAGCUCGGGGCUGCGGCUCUGGAAGCGCCGCUGGUUCGUACUGGUGGAUCUCUGCCUCUACUACUACCGGGACAGCAGCGAGCAGCAAGUGCGGGGCGGCCUCCCCCUGCCCGGCUACGAGAUCCGCGUGCUGCCCGCCGCGCCCCGCGCCCCCCGCGCCCCCCGCUUCCUCUUCACGGCUGAGCACGCCGGGAUGCGAACGUACUGCCUGGGGGCCGAGAGCGCCGAGGAGCUGCGCGCCUGGGUCCGUGCCCUGCGCCGGGGGGCAUCGGCCCUGCCCGGCUCGGCCCCGUCGGUCUCGCAGCAGGCGCUGCAGGAACGCCGGGGUGCGGACCCUCCCUCGCCCCCCCUGCCCUCGCACUCCCCGGGUGAGGGGCUCGGGGGCACAGCCGUGCCCCCUCCUUGCUGCCCCCCAGGCCCUGCACUGCCCCACAGCGAGGUGCCCCAAGCCCAGGAGGAGCCCCCGGCGCGGGGAUGUCCCCCCGGGGCUGGGGACACACCGGGGGGACCGCGGGGACCCCCCGAGCCCGAGCCCGCAGCGCGGAGCCCGAGGAAGCCCCGCCCCCCUGGAGCAGCGCCGCCGGAGCGAGACAUCGGGACCAAUCAGCCACCGGCCUCUCCAGCCGCCUCUUCUGAUUGGCUGCCGAGCGCCGCCGAACCCGCGGGCACCGCCCCCGCUGCGGCAUCCAAUGAGGCGUCGCGGCGGCGGCGGGAGGUUGCGGGGGGGCGUGGCCGGGCGCGCGAAGGUGUGGCCGGGCGGCCAAUCAGAAUCACGCUGCUGCAGGCCAGCUUCUGAGGGGGCGGGGCGGGCCCGCGGGGGCGGGGCGCGGCGGGCA